AUGUCGGAUAAGGUUUAUUUUGUUUCUGGAGGUUCACGUGGUAUCGGUUUUGAGCUUGUCACUCAAUUAAGUGCUAGACCGGGCAUCAAGGUAAUUACUACAGCCACAAACCCUGAUAAAUCUGCUGACCUUCAAAAUCUUGCUAAAGAGCGUGGAAAUAUUCACAUUCUCAAGUACGAGGCAACAUCCGAGGCCGAUGCCAUUGCUGUUGGCGAGCAAGUCGGUAAGUUGGUUGAUGGUAUCGACGUUUUCAUUGCCAAUGCUGCUAUUGGUGGUGCUAGUGGUACCCUUGUCAAGGUUUCUGCCAAGCUCCUCAGAGAUUUAUACGAGGUCAACGUCGUCGGUACCAUUCUUUUGACCCAGUCUUUGUAUCCACACCUGCUUAAAAAGAAAACUCGUACUAUCUUGUAUGUUUCGAGUAUAGCCGGAUCCAUGGGUCAAUUUCUUCCCCUUACUGUCCCUGGAUAUGGUCAGUCCAAAGCAGCCAUCAACUACACGGUUAAAGAGUUGAGCUUCGAACUUUCUUCUGAGAAUUUCAUUGUCACUGCUAUUCAUCCCGGAGGUGUCGCCACAGAUAUGGCCAAGAAAUUCUUGUCAGAUAUUCAACAGAGAAAUCCCGAACUUUACGAGAAGAUCAAGGACGGCUCUAUCGCCCCUGCAGAAAGCGCUUCCAAAGUUCUCGAAGUUCUCGACAGUCUCAAGGCCGAAGACAACGGUACUUUCCGCAACUACACAGGCGAGACCAUCCCCUGGUAA